UAUUCAUCUGAAGCAUAAAGCAGGAGAUUAACUGGGGCUGAGGAACAUGGAAAACAUCUGAAACACAACACUGCUCUGGGCACAACCAUGUUGACUUGUUGUGUAUGUAUGGAUGUAUCUAAUUCCAAUGGGGUAAAAUGGGACAGCCCACAGUAGAGAUCGACUAUAAAAAGCUACGGCGUCCAGAACAGGACGCACAAUCAGGGGCGGAUACUCGUUUUGUUCUCCUCCUUCACGGUUUGGUCCGACCGAGAGAGAGAGAUCGUGUUGUUUCGGGUAGCUACCAUCGGCAUACGGCAGGUGAGUUCACUACAGCUCACACGGAGUUUAUAGACUACGAGCCUGACAGUUUAUCUAUCUCGUGUUAAUUAUACCGAGUGUCCUGGUUUCAGCACCGCAGGUCGUUAACAGCUCCAACAGCACCAGAGGAGAGCGGAGAUUUGAAGAGCCCCUCCCCUCCCAAGGAACAGCCAGAGCGGGUAGAGUCCAAGCGCAGCCCUGUUGUCAGUUUCAGCACCACCAGCAGGGAAGAGCAGAGCUGUCCAAACAUCCAGCAGUUUGUGACCGCUAUCGUCGGUCGGAUCAUCCACACAACACAACACCCCCAAGACAGCUAUAACCGGUAGUAAUCCAGCGGAAAAUAGCCUACAGCCACCGAUUGAGUGGAUAUUUUAUUUCAGAAUGGCGUCCAAAGGAAUGGGAGUUCUCCUUCUGCUCGGGAUUUUUGCUGUGACUGUCUCCCAGAUUUCUGCUUUCCCCACACCUGCCGAGGAUGAUAAAGCUGUAGUUUACAACAGACGACUGACUGAGGAGAGACCAAUCCAGGAGCAGAUUGCAGAGGCAGAUGAUGUGAAAGCAGCAGUGGAGUCUGCAGACACCAAACCUGCUGUGGAGCCUAAAGAGGUGAAGGAGGCGGAACCAGAGCAAGAGAACGAUGACUUCACCCUGCUCAAGUCCCUGGCCGAAGGUCAAAGGUCAAAAGAGACCAAUGAGACGCCGGUCAGAGAGAGCCUGGAGGAGGUGCCUUACUUCCCAGACGAAUCAGAUUCCACCAAGAACCGCCGGCUAGCCGAAGACUAUGACUCAACAAAGAUGGAAAACGGCAAGUACCAAGAUGACCCAGAGAGCUUCAGGCAGGUGGAUGGUACCCCUCUAACGGCUGAAGACAUCGUCCAGAAGAUCGCUACUAAGAUAUACGAGGAGGACGACAGAGGGGUAUUUGACAGGAUCGUCUCCAAGCUGCUCAGACUGGGCCUGAUAACAGACAGCCAGGCAGACAGUCUGGAGUACGAGGUAGCCGAGGCUCUUCAGGACCUCAUCACUAAGAAUGCAAAGAACAAUGAGAUCGAGGACCUGGGAGGGGACUAUCCCGUGACCCGGGGUGACCAGGAUGACCAGAAUCCCGACGCUAGCAUGGAUGUUACUGGUUCCCCCAACCAUCGGUACGAUGAAGAAGAUGAUGAUGAAGAUCAGGCGGCCAUUGAUGACGACAUGGACAGAGGAGACAGGGAUGACACAGUGGAUAACAACUGGGAUAGAGAGAGUGAAAGAGAAGGGGAGGAGGAGGAGAGGAGAGAGAGAGAGAGAGAUGAGGGAGAAGGGGAGGAGAGGAGCGAGGGAGAGAGAGAUGAGGGAAACGAGUUGAGCCCAGAGGAUGGUCUUCAGGACCUUCAGUACUUCCCCAACUUCUACCGUCUGCUAAAGAGUCUAGACUCAGAGCAAGACGCCCAGGAGAGAGAGACUCUGAUCACUAUCAUGAAGACUCUGAUUGACUUUGUCAAGAUGAUGGUGAAAUAUGGAACCAUCACACCUGAAGAGGGAGUCUCCUAUCUUG